GUUCCAAUAUAAUAGCAAUAUGCCCCCUCUCUUCAAGCAUGUGUGGAGGCCAAAAGCCGAAGCUAUUCGUUUUCUCAUGGCUAAGCUUUCUCUAUCGCGAUACAAUCUCGUCACAGUCCGCUUCAGCCCGAAUCUUGCCGGCAGUCCUAUCCCAGCCUUUGACAGACAAACGCCGGAAUAAUUGAUCUGUACCAGUUGGUGCCCAGCAUCAUUAGUGAAUCCACACUGGAAAUUUGUUCCACAAAACAAAACCCGCACCUUAGCGGCACCUGAGGGAUUCUGAGCCCGGGGAAGAAAGACAGAAAGGUGGGGGGCACAAUGUGGAGAGUUCUGUCUCUCUUGGUUGCUGUGUCUUUUGUUCCACUUGAGACAGCAAAGGCAUUGGUACUCCAGCGAAGAGAAGUGCCCGCUGUUGUGACCUUGGAUAUUAAACGCAACGAUGUGUCAGAUCCUGUGAUGAGGGACCGCGCAAGACGCAGGCGAGAUACAACCACCGUUGCUCAGGCCCUUGAUAAUGAGGAAACGCUCUAUUUCUGUAAUAUAACCCUUGGGACGCCGGAACAGAGCCUACGACUGGUUUUGGAUACUGGGAGUAGCGACCUUUGGUGCAACGCAGCGAAUUCUACGCUUUGCUCCUCGUCAACAGAUCCGUGCAGUACAUCCGGCACAUUUAAUUCUGACAAGUCUACAACGUACACAUAUGUCUCGUCUGACUUCAAUAUUUCCUAUGCGGAUGGAACCGGUGCGGCUGGUGUUUACGCAACCGAUACUCUCCAUAUAGGAGCUUCGACAUUGGAGGAUUUCCAAUUUGGUAUCGGGUAUACAUCAAGUUCCUCCGAGGGUGUUCUGGGCAUCGGCUAUAUUUCGAAUGAGGUCCAAGUCGGCCGCUUCGGUGACAGCGCCUAUCCUAACCUUCCUAGGGCAAUGGUGAAGAGUGGUUUGAUAAAGUCAAAUGCCUACAGCCUAUGGUUAAAUGAUUUAGAUGCCAAUACGGGCUCUAUUUUAUUUGGAGGUGUGAAUACGAAGAAAUAUCACGGUGAAUUACAAACCCUUCCAAUUCAGAAGGUUAAUGGCAUUUACUCCGAAUUUAUAAUUGCUCUCACCGGGGUCGCCUUUACUUCGGGAUCAAGCAGUCACAAUUACUCAUCAGAUGCGCUUCCGGCUGCCGUUUUGCUUGAUUCCGGUAGUUCCCUUACAUAUCUUCCAGAUUCCAUCGUCGAAGAUAUCUACAAUGAUUUCGAUGUUGUGUACGAACAGUCUUCUGGUGUUGGCUAUGUGCCUUGCAGUCUGGCACAAAACAACACUAAUAUCACCUACACUUUCUCAUCGCCUACUAUUACUGUCGGGGUAAACGAGCUUGUACUCGACGUGGGCGAUCUUUUAUUUCAGGAUGGUGAACGCGCUUGUGUCUUUGGCAUUGUCCCCGCUGGUGACAGUACCGCUGUUUUGGGUGACACUUUCUUGCGCAGUGCUUAUGUUGUCUACGACCUAGCGAACAAUGAAAUUUCUCUCGCCAACACUAACUUUGAUGCGACGGGAAACGACGUCUUGGAGAUUGGAACAGGAGAAGACUCUGUGCCCGGGGCUACUAAAGUCGCUAAUCCUGUCACGACGGUGGCAGUUGAUGGCUCUGGUGCAAGGAUUGGCGGCCCGACUGGUGCAACUUUCACUAGCAUUCCAUCCGCAACGAGUGGUGGCCAUGCUACAGCUCGGUUUAUGGGUGCUACAAGGCUUUUGGCUUUCGGUGCUGCUGUGAUUGGGUACAUGCUGACUUUCUGACCAUUCCCUUUCUGUAUGCUGGCUUCCGCUUCUGUACAUGUGCCAGUGACCUUGCCUGCUCGGUAUGCUUUUGACUCGCGAUACCCAUGGCUUUUAUUUCAGACUCUUAUUUCUUUGUUCCUUCUUUGGGGGGUGGGGGCUUCAUCAUAUUGUCAAACAUACUGUACUCUUUGGAUGAAUCCGAAUAUAUUUUAUGAUCAUGCGUAUUGAUCG